UGAAGAGAUCUUGGAACAACAUCUUAACGGGAGCCGCUGCACUUCUGACCAAAUUCUUGUCCGUCAUCGAAAGCUCGUAACGUUGUCGUCAUCAUCACUCGAUCUGCGAAAUAUUUCCCCUGCCGUCAGCAUCGUCAUUCGGCGGUCAACAUAUCGCAGAGGCGACCAUGAGCAGCAACUACAGCGUCACUCUCUCAGGCCCUGCCCCCUGGGGCUUCAGGCUGCAGGGAGGAAAGGACUUCAACAUGCCCCUCACCAUCUCCAGGCUGACGGACGGUGGAAAAGCAGCUAAAGGUGGCAUUGCCGUGGGCGACUUGGUUCUGUCCAUCGACGGCAUCGCCACGGAGGGCAUGAACCACCUGGAGGCCCAGAACAAAAUCAAGAGCUGCGCGGGCAACCUCAGCCUCACUCUGCAGAAAGCCUCCAGUGUUCCUAAACCUCCUCCUGUGGCACCAAAGGGCGACAGAUCAGACAUCAUAAAACCAGUCGCCAUCACCCAUCCACCUCCUCCACCCCAUCCUCACCUCCACUCCUCAGGUCACUCCACUGCCCCCUACAACAAGGCCCCCAGACCUUUCGGGGGCUGCACCUCAGAUAGCCUUACCUCACAGUCCCCUUUUGCCACUUUCAUCCCCUCCCCAUCCUCGGCCUUUACACCUGCCUCCUCCUCCCACUCCAGUCCUCCUCCUCCUCCUCCUCUUUCUCCACCUCCCGCCUCUUACCCAUCUUCUGCCUCCUCCUCCCCCCCUGUCCUCGUCCCGCCUCAGCCGUCGGUGUACAACACACCGAUCAACCUCUACUCCACCGAGAAUGCGUGUGAGGUGGCCAUGGGGCAGAGGCGGGGCCUGUUGGAGAGUCAGGGUGGAGCCCUGCCACUGCAGUUUAAUGGAGUUCCCAGGAAGCACAUUGUGGAUACAGACAUCCAUUUUUACCACGUGCCCACUCACGCUGAUGCCAGCAGAAAGCGCAUCACGGAGGACACGGAGGACUGGCGCCCACGCACAGGCACCACCCAGUCCAGGUCCUUCAGGAUUCUAGCUCAGAUCACCGGCACUGAGAACGUUCAAAAUGAAGAAGCUGACACAGCCAAGAAGACAAAUGAUGAGAGCGAGGAACCUGAACCCAACACCCACCAGUCUGCAGUUGUCAAGACUAUGAUCAAAGGGCCUGCUACAGCUCAGGGUCAUCGUCCUCAGACCGGUUUGAUCACUCCAUCUUUUGGUAUGAAGGGUAAUGGCAGCGCCAGCUUCCCGAGGGGCCCCGUCCCAGCCCGGCCCGUUCCUCAGCCCCACCCUAAAGAUGAGGACACUCUGGUCCAGAUGGCGGAACAUAUUCCUGCUGGGACUCGUACGCCGAUGUGUGCCCACUGCAACAUGGUCAUCAGGGGGCCAUUUUUGGUGGCGAUGGGGAAAUCAUGGCAUAAGGAGGAAUUUAACUGCGCCCACUGCCGUGCAUCCCUGGCAGAAGUCGGCUUCGUGGAAGAGCAGGGAUCUGUCCACUGUGAACACUGCUACGAAGAGUUCUUCGCUCCAACGUGCAGCCGCUGCCAGACCAAGAUACUGGGGGAGGUGAUAAAUGCCCUCAAACAGACGUGGCAUGUCUACUGCUUCCUUUGUGCUCGCUGUCAGCAGCCAAUCAGAAACAACACCUUCCACCUGGAGGAUGGAGAACCAUACUGUGAACAAGACUUUUACAGUUUGUUUGGGACUGGCUGCCACGGCUGUGAGUUCCCCAUCGAGGCUGGAGACAAGUUCCUGGAGGCCCUUGGUUACACCUGGCACGACACCUGCUUUGUUUGUGCUGUGUGCUGCACCACGCUGGAAGGUCAGGCCUUCUUCUCCAAGAAGGACAAACCUCUUUGCAAGAAACAUGCUCACACCCUGAAGAUAUGAAGCUUGGACUCUUCUCGUGCUUUUUUUUUUGUCUCGGUAGGGUGAACAGGGACUCCUACUGAAAUAAUACUUAGCUCAUGUGACAAUACAACUCAAGCAGUUCUCAUUCGUACACAGUGGUGGUUCCUCCAGAGAGAAGAAUCAGUAAAGCUUGCACUUCACUAGGAUAGUUCUGAUCAGUUUAUCUGGAUUUUAUGUGCUUAUGCAUUAAACAUAGGACACCUUCACUGCCAAAUGGUGCAGUGUAUCUGUGCUGCCUUUAGGGAUCACCAGAGCUAUACAUUUUCUACUACACAGGACUGUGAUGAUGGUCUUUACUUCCUCAUCCAGAUUUUAAUAUUAAGUUACUAGAAGUGGUGAGACGGUCACAUCUUCUGUUCUACCCUGUUAAAAUACACCACUCAUUACACAUGACUCAUAAAGACAAGACCAGAAUUGUGUGAAUAUGUAUAUCCAUAUUCAUACUACAAGACUGCAAUGCGAGAGGAGGAUACUGGCAAUUAUUCUUAGCGGGCGUUUAUAUUUGUUAGUGUGUUAAUCUGACACUUUGAAGAGUUCAAGAGAAUAUUAUUACAUUUCCAGUGUCAAACUUUGUUAUAUUUUAUUGCUGCGUUCUUUGUUGUCCACAUAUGCCAAAAUGAUUUCACAAACAGCUAUUAAAUAUCACAACAUGCAUUAAAAAUGUGUAUUAGACUGAUGAGUACAGGUUGGGCUGAAUGUAUGAGGUAAUAAUUAAAGCUGCUGCCUCUGAUUUGAUCAGUUUUUAAUAUUUGUAAAUGAAUUUAAUUUUAAGCAAAUUCUUUGUAUUUUCUUUUGCUUUUGUUGUGUGAAGUUGGUUACCUUUAACAAAAUUACAUUUCCACAUAUGAAUUUGAAACAGGAAGGCACUUAUCAACAAACAAGAGAAACUCUUGAUUUUAUGGACAGUAAGUAAUAUAUCAAUAUAUAUAUUAACAAUAAAUAAAAAUCUAUCAAACAACAAAUAUAUAUACAAUAUAUCGCUGCAUAGCACUGGUAGAAAUCUAGUUUCUGUAUUUGGUGCCAUAUAGUUUAAUGAUAUUUCUAUUUUUAUUUAUUUGACCUCAAACAUGUUUUUUUCUUUCAUUUAAUCCUCUAAGUGCGUCAUUUAGGUGUGUCGCUCUCUCUGGCCUGCAGGGAAAUCAUUUGUGUAGUAAACUAUAUUUAAUUUAGUAUAGAAGAGGGAGAAAUAUGAUUUGACGAUAUAUAUUUAAUUUCUAGUAUUUGGGUAACUUGGCUGUAAUUUUAAGUGACUGUAUAGAAGGUAGUUUCUUUUCUUUUUUUUUUUUUUACAUCACACUUGUCUCUCCAUAAACUGCACCAUCAUGGUUAUUUGGUGAUUUACUUUUCAUUAUUUCUACUGGAUACAUAUGAUCUUUUAGUACAAGGCAACAGAGCUCAUACUGACAUUUAUUUCCCACAGUUUUCAUUGAAAUAGCUCAGUUUUUAUAGUUUGGGAUGUUUCUUUUUCUCACUACAAAACUGCAGUUGGAGCUGUUAAAACUGACCUGAGUUCUUCAAUAAAUAUUUUUGCUUUUAAGCCCCCAAGA